GCACUCGGAGGUGACGGAGCUGUCUCGCUGUUUGUCGGACGGAGGGGAACUUCGCGGCCACUACGGGUGUGGCUUCAAACGUGAUAAAUCUCAACGCGGGGUGAAGAAUGUCCAACGGCGACAGGAACUGAGGCAAGUGAAGAGAGAGAGAACAAGAUUUUCAACAAACAAAAAAAAGGCAAAGAGAAAGAGAAGCAGAGAGUGAGCCGGACUGACACAGAGGAAUCCGUGUGCUCGCCCUUUAACAGCUGGAAUACCUUUCCCCCCCUUUCCUAUCCUCUCUUGGCUGAACUUCGUGGGUCGUUUUGCGUGCGCGUGUGUGACCCGCGCCCCAUGCUCUGCGGGAGGAAGUAGACCCGGCUCGACCGAAUCCAAAAGUUGAUUUCCCGACCGUUGGACAACUUCUCUACGCUCUCGAGAAAAGCACCGAUGCUGACCGAGUGACCGAAACCACCAGCGACACUUGGGGAAUUUCCGCAACCCCCCCCCCCCCCCAAAAAAAACCAUAACUUGGUCGUCUCCGUGGAUGAGAGGACUCCGCCGCCACUCUUGAAGAAGAAGGGGGAAAAAGGAACAAACUUCAACUCCAACCCUUAUUUUUUUUAUAAGGGUGUUCGGACUGUGCCCUUACACCUUUUUUUUUCUCCGGUGAUAGUUGCCCACUCAACAGCAGACCUGAAGCGCGCACUGGGAACCAUGGGGUGCACGGUCAGCCAGGAAGAUAAAGCCGCGGCCGAGAGGUCUAAAAUGAUCGAUAAAAACCUGCGGGACGAUGGAGAGAAGGCGGCGAGGGAAGUGAAACUGCUGCUGCUCGGUGCUGGCGAGUCAGGGAAGAGCACCAUUGUGAAGCAGAUGAAGAUCAUUCACGAGGAUGGAUACUCAGAAGAUGAGUGUAAGCAGUACAGAGCUGUGGUCUACAGCAACACAAUCCAGUCCAUUAUGGCCAUCAUCAAAGCCAUGGCAAACCUGAAGAUCGACUAUGAAGAAGCUUCCAGAGCGGACGAUGCUCGCCAACUGUUUGCCCUGUCCGCAGCAGCGGAGGAGCAGGGCAUGCUGCCUGAAGACCUGGCCAACGUCAUCCAACGACUCUGGGCCGACAGCGGCGUCCAGAUCUGCUUCACACGGGCCCGAGAGUACCAGCUCAACGACUCCGCCGCCUAUUACCUAAAUGACCUGGAGAGGAUAGCCAAGACGGAUUACAUCCCCACACAGCAGGACGUGCUGCGGACUCGGGUCAAGACCACCGGCAUCGUGGAAACACAUUUCACCUUCAAGGACCUGCACUUCAAGAUGUUUGAUGUUGGUGGCCAGCGGUCAGAAAGGAAGAAGUGGAUCCACUGCUUCGAGGGAGUCACAGCCAUUAUCUUCUGUGUCGCCAUGAGUGCUUACGACCUGGUCCUGGCCGAGGAUGAGGAAAUGAACCGGAUGCACGAGAGCAUGAAGCUGUUUGACUCCAUCUGCAACAACAAGUGGUUCACGGAGACGUCCAUCAUCCUGUUCCUCAACAAGAAGGAUCUGUUCGAGGAGAAGAUUGCCCACAGCCCUAUGACCAUCUGUUUCCCUGAGUACACUGGUCCCAACAAGUACGAGGAGGCCCAGGCUUACAUCCAGACCAAAUUCGAGGACCUGAACAAGAAGAAGGACACCAAGGAAAUCUACACCCACUUCACCUGCGCCACCGACACCAAGAACGUGCAGUUUGUGUUUGAUGCCGUCACCGACGUCAUCAUCAAGAACAACCUGAAGGACUGUGGCCUCUUCUAAUAACACAGCUGAGAAAGUCAAGAUUACUUGAACAGUUCUAACAACCACGACGGGGGAACCCACACACACAUCAUGAAUGACUGCACUGGCCAACCACGAUUCCUGCUUUGAUCUGCUUUUUGAUAAAAACACCUAAGAGACUGAUAACUCGACGGGCCUCGCAGAAUUUCAACAGUUGCUGAUUCAGUCACUCGUAUCGUUAACUCUUUGGGCUUUGACCACAGAAAAGAAUCAACGUUUAUUUUCUAUUUUUGUUCUUUUUUCUGUUUUUUUCUUCUUCUUUAUUUUUAAUUACUAGAGGAGGCAAAGGAAAACUUUUUUUAUAUAAAUGAAUUCAUUUAACUUUUAGAGAUUCUGAUGUGCAAAUUAUUAAACUUUUAAUCACAUGAAGCUUAUUUUUUAAGACAUGAAGCACAGGCAGGGACAGAAAAUAUGAUUGAUAGAGGAAAAGUGCUGUUUUUUUUAUGUUUACAUAAGUUCAUCAUUCAUAGGCAGACCGCAUUUUGUUCUGCAUGACUCAACAUGGCAAAUAGUAGCUCUGUAAUCUGCACAAAUAUCUAACAUUCCUACAAAAUAAAAUAAAAAAUAAAAAAAGUAAAAAAAAUAAAAAAAACAUGGCUUCACAUGCAGGCAGAAAUGAAAUCCUAACUGAUAUUUAAAGUAUGUGUGUACCUAACAUUCUUUCACUUUUUUAUAGUACCAUUACCAUGUCUGUUGCAGUAUGUUUGUGCCUUGACUUCUGUUUACAACCGAAUCCUAGAUAUGCUUUCAGUACUGUCUGACCACCUGUGCGCCGAUAGGUUUUCUGUUUGUUUCUCUGCCUAGCACCCUCUGAAUAUAUAGUGAUUAUUAAUGACAGACGAAAAUCUAAUUCAGAAAAAAAAGGUUAGUGUUUUCUUGGUAAAUAUUAAAAUGCUUUAAAAGUCCUAUAUGAUUUAAUUUAAAUAAAAGUAGAGAUCACCUGA